AUGCAGUCGGACGUGCCGCUGGUAAAGCGGUUGCAUAUAAGCGGACUUACUCCCAGCUUUUCGCGUGUUUCGCUGCGCGAGAAGCUGUCACAGUAUGGCGAGGUCAUGGAGCUGGAAGGAUGCAGUGAUGCAUACCUGGAUGGUGUUGGGAACCGUCGUCCAUAUGCAUUUGCGACGAUGCGUGCGACGCCAGUACAGCUCGCCCGCUGCAUGAACAGCCUGAGCGGCGCGAUUUGGAAAGGUGCUAAGCUCCGCAUAGGCGAGGCAAAGCCGCGAUUUGACGAGCGCCUUAAAAAAGAGCGCGAAAAAGUGGCGGCAGUGUCGGCACAGCGGCUCGAGAAGGAAGCCGAGCGGCGACGCCUGCGCUACAUGCGGCGGCCAUGGAUGGCAAUUCAGGCACCACAGCAGACUCCUGUGACACGGGAAGACAUCGAUGCCGGCGCAUGGGGCUGGAAAGUGACACCUGCGGGGCAUUUGGUACGUCCGGUGCACCUCCGGCCAAGCAGGCCCAUCGCCCGGCCCAACGCUGCCGAAGGAUCCAGACGCCGCCGUGCGACAACACGUAUUGUCCGGCGUGCAGCACGCGUGACGAUUGAUCCGACGCGGUACAAGAACGAGCAUGUAGAUGCGCGGAUGCUAGACGCCAUGGGAGGCGAAGAAGCAGCAUGGCGCUGGGUGCUGGAAGAUGGGCUAUGGCGUGCGUACGAUGAAAAAGGGCAGUGCAAGGCUGAGGAGCCAGUACCUGCCUCAAGUGAUCGGCACAAUACAUUGGCGUGGCACUGGAGUCCUGCGAUCGAGGAGAUUGAUUCGGACCAACACGAGGACCAAGACGUAUUAUAUGUGCAGCCAGAAGAGACAGAGGAGCUGUUUGCGACCAGUGGGACAAACACGACGUGGUGGGACGACGACGAAGCGUCAAGAGAGGAUUUGACAGAUACCAAUGUUGCCACGCCCAAGACGCAGGACAAGGUGCCCGGUGCCUCUGAGCCUCUUGACGAAACACACGACGUGACCGCUGGGGCACAGAGAGCAAAACCAGCGUGCGAGGAUAUUUUGGACGCGUCCGACUUUUCCGAUGGCUACGACGAAACGCAAGAUGCGACGCCCGCGCCGCACGACGAAAAGCACCGAGCCAUGAAGCUGCUAGAGCACCUUUUUGGGGACGAGGAAGGCGGAGAGAAAACAGUGCCAAGUGCCGCGCUUGAGCAGGACACUGUGCAAGAGCUCGACACACCGGGCAAAACCUCAACUAUCCUUGACGUCGCGACUAAAGAAGCUACUGUACAGCUAGACUCACUUACCGAUAUGUUCCAACCUGCGGCACAAGGUACGUACCACAACAUGCCAACAACAGACACUGGCUUCGUGCUUCUCGGCGACUUGGAAGGCGAGGAACUCGAUGAAGACGUGUUUGGCGAGCCGCACGCGCCCAUCGCUCCGCCCGUCUAUAUACCCACUACAGAGACCAUCCGGCUCCCCGACAUGGCCUCUCCGCACACACUCGCAUCGCCCCAUCAUCUCAUGCUCGCUUUGCAGCGCGCCGACGCUGCCCCAUUCUGGCGCGUGCACACCGAAGAGGAGAUCGAUGCGCACUGGAGGCUGCAUCGUGGUGAUCUGACACAGGCGUAUAAGCGCAUCCACCGCGAGUCGCUGAAAAAGAACAAGCGGCGCGUCGUCGGUUCGCGCCGCAGCGCCUCGAUCGGCGGCCGUGCGUUGACCAAACAUAGUACGUAG